AUGAAAGAUUUGGGGAAACUCAGAUUCUUUUUGGGCAUAGAAUUUGUUCGCAGCAAGGCUGGCAUUUUAAUGAAUCAGAGGAAAUAUGCCCUUGAUUUGAUUGCUAACCCUGGGCUAGGGGGAGCUAAGCCAGUAUUUACCCCAUUAGAGUGCAAUCAAAGGCUGACCACGACAGAUUUUGAAGAGGAUAUCUUGUGCACUAAUGAUGCCAUAGGUGCAACUGUCAAUGACUCUAUGUUACUUGAUCCUGAAUCUUACAAAGCUCUGAGGGUGAUUAAGUAUGUCAAAAAUACACCAGGAUUAGGCCUAUUAAUGUCUUCACAUCAAUCUGAUAACUUGGUAGCCUUCUGUGACUCAGACUGGGCUUCUUGCCCUCAAUCCAGGAAGUUUGUUACAGACUAUCUAGUUAAGAUUGGAAACUCAUUAACAUCAUGGAAAUCUAAGAAGCAAACCACAGUCUCCAGAAGCUCAGUUGAAGCAGAGUUCAGAAGUAUGGCUUCUACAGUGGCAUAG